AUGGCCUACCCUGUGCGCGAUAACUUCCAAAGCUAUCCGCCGCAAUAUGCUGGGAUACAGUCGACUACGCACCACAUUUACACGGGAAGCGCUCCAACACAACCCGUCAACCCAUUCGCAAACUUCGCUCCACCCACAACGCCCCAUACGCAGCAGACUCGAUAUCGGCGAGAUUUAUCGAGUGCGUCGCAAUCGUCCGACAGACGCCGGUCUUCUGACGGGAACCGGCGAACACUGCCGUCGAUAUCGAAUCUACUCCACAUUGCCGAUGGCGAGAAGUCAAGCCACCAACAAGGCACGCCGUCAAACGAGCAGACGCAGCAAACACCUCAGUCGGUAGACGCUGAAGCAGAUGAUCCUUCUUCACGAUACCAACCUAUGGAUGCAUUACACGAGCUUCCAAGCGGUCAACGGACUGCCGUCCCGCCGUUGCCAGCACCGCCGCUUCGUAACGACUCGGUGAUUGAUAGCAGGCAUAGCCCGUCUACAGCGUUUGCGACGCCGUCACUCCCAGUGCAACCUUACUACAUUGGUUCUGCCUUCAACAACGUGGACGCAGAAAAUCAGCGGACUGUCUUGCAGAUCGGUCUCCUCAACAAGCGUCAUUCCGUGCAUUCGCAACCCAACACUUCUCCGUACCGCACAUCGCCUUACUCUACCUCGCCCUACUCAAACUCUCCCGGCGCGCUCUCAGCUGGCUCCAUCUACUCGCCCGUCAACGCCUCCGGACACUCAGUCGCAGGUCCAAGCCUUCAUCUCCAACGACCGCUUCCUUCCAACUUCCCCCCACCUCCACCAGGACCGCUCGUGGACGGCAUCCCGUGGCAGAGCCAUCAUCACUACAUCGGCACCUCGUCAUCAGCCACUUACCCAGCGUCGCAGGACCGGUAUAUCUGUCCGACUUGCAAUAAGGCUUUCAGUCGACCAAGCAGUCUGAAGAUUCACAGUCAUUCGCACUCGGGUGAGAAGCCUUUCAAAUGUCCGCAUACGGGUUGCGGGAAGGCGUUUAGCGUGAGGAGUAAUAUGAAGAGGCAUGAGAGAGGAUGUCAUACAGGGCCUGGCAGUGGCGGGGACGAGUGA